AUGGGAGCCUCGAAAAGCACCGGACGUGGUGAGAACAAGGAGGAAACUAAUACAUCCGCUCRAGGUCCCAAUCUUGGCGCCCCUGCAGUAGCUAUUGGCAGCGCUGCGGUGGCUGCAUGGGGUGUUUCAAGAAUGCUUUCCGACAACAGAUUAGAGCCUCCCCUUCCCUUGCCUAAUUCUGGUGGCCGUGGCCGUGGCCGUGGCCGUGGCGGUGGCGGUGGCGGUGGCGGUGGCCGUGGCCGUGGCGGUGGCCGUGGCGGUGGCGGUGGCACUACUUCUUCCUCUGCACCUCCAUGUCUGUUCAAGUUCAAACUGAAGACGGACGGUGCAUGCCAUCCCAACUAUGAAUAUGUCGGCGGGAAUGACGAUGUUUUGCGAGGUCCGAGUGGGUACGCCGGAAUUCUUCAAGACAGUUAUGGCAACUGGGUUCGUGGGUUUCGAGGGUUCAUUGGUUGGAGUGAUUGUUUAACGGCUGAAAUCCAUGGGAUUCUUAAAGGCUUGGAGCUUUUGGAUAAACUCCGCUAUAAGGAAUCCAUUCUUGAAAGCGACUCUCAAGCAGCUGUUCAGUGGAUUACUAGAGAGGACGAUGUUGGCCCUGGUAAAAGUCGUGUUGUCGGUGACUGCUGGGAGCUGAUCAAGAAAAGCAGGCAUCUUGUUAGCAAAAACCGAAUUACAAUCCGUCAGUGUCCUAGAGAUGCCAACAAAAUCGCUGAUAAGUUGGCGAGGGUUGCGAUUAAAAAAGGUGACCCAUAUAUGGAAUUCACAGGUGUUUCUCGUGAGCUUAACMUUCAGUUCUGAUUAAUCUUCGUCGUUUUACUUUAGUAAGUGACUCAUGGUUACAUGACCAUCCUACGUACCUUUGAUCAUAUAUGUUUCCUUAACUAGUUGUCGUAUUGGUUGCUUGACCAUCCUACGUACCUUUGAUCAUAU